AUGGCCUCCUCCCUCCUCCGCACGACUCCCGUCCUGCGCGCCGGCCUCCGCGCCCGCGCCGCGAAGCCUCUCGCCGCAAUGGCCUCGACGAGCUUCGUCCGCGGCAAAGCAACCCUCCCCGACCUUCCGUACGACUACGGCGCCCUCGAGCCCUACAUCUCGGGCAAGAUCAUGGAGCUCCACCACGCAAAGCACCACCAGACCUACGUCAACGGCUUCAACGCCGCCGCCGAGGCCCUCGCCGAGGCCCAGGCAAAGGGCGAUGCCAAGGCCGCCGCCGCCCAGGCCCCGCUGCUCAACUUCCACGGCGGCGGCCACGUCAACCACUCCCUCUUCUGGGAGAACCUCGCCCCCAACGGCAAGGGCGGUGGUGGUGAGCCCGAGGGCCAGCUCCUGACCGCCAUCAAGCAAGACUUCGGCUCCUUCGAAAACCUCAAGAAGCAGACCAACGCCGCCCUCGCCGGCAUCCAGGGCUCCGGCUGGGCCUGGCUCGUCAAGGACAAGGCCUCGGGCAACCUCACCAUCGUCACCCGCGCCAACCAGGACCCCGUCACAGGCAACUACGAGCCCCUCCUCGGCAUCGACGCCUGGGAGCACGCCUACUACCUCCAGUACCAGAACUGCAAGGCCGAGUACUUCAGCGCCAUCUGGGACGUCAUCAACUGGGGCACCGUCGCCAAGCGCUUCGGACAAUAG